AUGUUGCGCAAUGCGGCCCGCAAGGCCGUGACCGAGCUAUCACAGUACCCCAAACCAGGUUCCAAACUGCACGGCUUCACGCUCGUCCGAUCCAAACAUGUCCCUGAGCUGGAGCUCACGGCCUUGCACCUUCAGCAUGAUAAAACUGGUGCCGACUACUUGCAUAUUGCGCGUGAGGACAGCAAUAACGUCUUUUCUAUUGGCUUCAAGACGAAUCCCCCAAACGAUACGGGAAUUCCCCACAUCCUCGAACACACGACGCUCUGUGGCAGUGAAAAAUAUCCCAUUCGCGACCCAUUUUUCAAAAUGCUUCCUCGAACCUUGUCAAAUUUCAUGAAUGCCUUUACGGCGUCGGAUCACACGUUUUACCCCUUUGCCACUACCAACGCCCAGGAUUUCAAGAACCUCAUGUCUGUUUACCUCGACUCGACACUGCAUCCUCUACUCAAAGAAUCCGACUUCACACAAGAGGGGUGGCGCAUCGGCCCUGAAAAUCCACUGGCCACGGAUGAGGAGAGCAAGAAGCUUGUUUUCAAGGGUGUCGUCUACAAUGAGAUGAAGGGCCAGAUGUCCGAUGCGGGAUACUUGUACUAUAUUCGAUUCCAAGACCACAUCUUUCCCGACAUCAACAACUCUGGCGGCGAUCCUCAAAAGAUUACCGACCUCACAUACCGACAGCUAAAGGACUUUCACGCUGAACACUACCACCCCAGUAAUGCGAAGCUGUUUACAUAUGGCGACAUGCCCUUGGCCGAUCACUUGCAAGACAUUGAUGCGCGAUUGCAGGCGUUUGAGAAAAUUCAGGCCGAUAAAACGAUUCACGAGCCAAUAGUGCUCUCUGGACCAAGAGAUGUUACAUUGGCCGGCCCCUUUGACCCCCUGGUUGAUCCAGAUCGCCAAUUCAAGACCUCUGUCUCCUGGAUCAUGGGAGACACUACCGAUGUUUUGGAGUCAUUCUCACUUGCUCUUUUGUCUAGCCUUUUGAUGGACGGAUAUGGCUCGCCGCUGUAUCGUGGUCUUAUAGAGACUGGCAUGGGUGCUGACUGGAGUCCCAAUUCUGGCUAUGACAGCUCCGCCAAAAGAGGAAUCUUUUCCAUCGGACUCACUGGUGUACAAGAAGCAGAUGUACCCAAGCUCAAAGCCAAGGUCCAAGAUAUUUUGCGCGACGUCCGCGAAAACGGCUUUGAUCAGGGCAAGAUUGACGGGUCACUGCAUCAGCUCGAGCUGUCGUUGAAGCACAAGACUUCGAAUUUUGGCUUCUCUAUGCUCAAUAGACUCAAACCCAAGUGGUUCAAUGGCGUCGAUCCGUUCGAAUCCUUAGCCUGGAAUGACACAAUCACUGGAUUCCAGGCCAAGCUGGCGAAAGGCGGUUACCUGGAGGGGCUGGUUGAAAAGUACAUGCUCAAUGACAAUACUCUCACAUUCACCAUGACGCCAUCAGCUACAUUUGGAGAAGUAUUGGUCAACGAGGAAAAGGAGCGCCUGGCGGACAAGAUUGCUGAGGCAGUCCAAAACGCUGGUGGUGAGGAACAAGCCCGCGCCGCCUUUGAGCAGCAGGAGCAGGAUCUCCUGGUCGAACAAAACAAGACAAAUACGGAAGACCUUAGCUGCCUGCCGACCGUCUACGUCAAGGACAUUCCCCGAAGCAUCGACCGCGUCACACUGCGCGACGAAGUGAACGAGGGUAUCUCUAUCCAGUGGCGUGAAGCCCCCACCAACGGUCUGACUUACUUCCGUGCCAUCAACACGAUCGAGGGUUUAUCAGAUGAGUUGCGCCAACUUAUUCCACUCUUUACCGACAGCAUCAUGCGUCUAGGUACUAAAGACCAGACUAUGGAGCAACUGGAGGAUCUCAUCAAGCUCAAGACCGGUGGCGUGUCUGUCGGGUACCACUCUACCGCUUCACCGACCAACUUUGAGGAGGCCCACGAAGGCAUCAUCUUUACCGGCAUGGCGCUUGACCGAAACGUACCUGUCAUGUUUGAGCUACUGCGCAAGCUUGUGCUAGAUACCAACUUUGACAGCCCCGAUGCGGCGCUUCGCAUCCGCCAGCUGCUACAGGCGUCCGCCGACGGCGUCGUUAACGACAUUGCCUCAUCGGGGCAUAGAUUCGCCAUGAACCACGCCGAGUCCGGCUUGACGCGGGCUGCCUGGCUCCGUCAGCAGGUGGCCGGUCUGUCGCAGGUGAAGCUCAUCACUUCGCUCGCGGGCCGCCCAGAGUUUGACCAGCUCCAAGAUGUGAUUGCCAAACUGAAGCAGAUCCAACAUCUUGUACUCACAACGGGUAAGCUCCGCGCCGCCAUAACCUGUAGCGGCGAAAGCGUCGCCGGCAACCUCACAUCACUGCAGACGUUUACUCGCGGCCUGCAGCCGCAGCUGCCACAAACAGCCGGGGGCGUCCUCACGCUCCCAAAGACGAAGAAGACAUUCUUCCCGCUGCCAUACCAGGUAUACUACGGCGGCCUUUCUGUGGCAACUACGUCGUAUACGCACCCCGACGGCGCGUCCCUGCAGAUCCUGUCGCAGAUGCUCACGCACAAGCACCUGCACCACGAGAUUCGCGAGAAGGGUGGCGCGUAUGGCGGCGGGGCCUACGCCAAGCCGCUCGACGGCCUCUUUGGGUUCUACUCGUACCGAGACCCGAACCCGCAAAACACGAUCCGCAUCAUGCGAGACGCUGGGCGAUGGGCGGCGGACAAGGCAUGGAGCGACCGGGACCUGGAGGAGGCCAAAAUCUCCGUGUUCCAGUCGGUGGACGCGCCAAAGGCGGUCAACGAGGAAGGCAUGGGCCGAUUCCUGUCGGGUGUCACCGAGGACAUGCGCCAGGCCAAGCGCGCGCAGCUGCUCGACGUCUCGCGCGAGCAGGUGCAGACGGUUGCCGACCAAUACCUAGCGCGCGCGGUGGACGGCGGCGCUGAGCGUCUCUCAUUCCUCGGCGAGAAGAAAGCCUGGGUGGACGGCAGCUGGACCGUGGAGGAGAUGAAUGUGCCGGGCGGCGGUGCAGAGUGA